AUGGAGGCCUCUCGUGGACCCCCCCGGGUCAAGAACAAGGCCGCCGCGCCGGUUCAGAUCUCUGCGGAGCAACUACUCCGCGAGGCCGUUGACCGGCAAGAGCCUGGCCUUGAGGCGCCGACACAGCGUUUUGCCGAUCUUGAAGAACUACACGAGUACCAGGGUCGGAAAAGAAAGGAUUUCGAAGACUAUGUGCGGCGCAACCGCAUUAACAUGAACAACUGGAUGCGCUAUGCCGCCUGGGAGCUCGAACAAAAGGAAUUCCGCCGAGCGCGAUCCAUCUUCGAGCGUGCGCUCGACGUCGAUCCGACAUCGGUGGUGCUUUGGAUUCGCUACAUCGAAGCUGAGAUGAAGAACAGGAAUAUCAACCAUGCUCGAAACCUCCUCGACCGCGCCGUAACUAUCCUCCCCCGCAUCGACAAGCUCUGGUAUAAGUAUGUCUACAUGGAGGAGACACUAGGCAACAUUCCUGGUACCCGUCAGGUGUUUGAGCGAUGGAUGUCAUGGGAGCCAGAGGAGGGUGCGUGGGGCGCAUACAUCAAAAUGGAAAAGAGAUAUAGCGAAUUCGAACGAGCGCGCGCUAUUUUCCAGCGGUUUACUGUCGUCCACCCCGAACCCCGAAACUGGAUCAAAUGGGCCCGCUUCGAGGAGGAGUAUGGCACAAGUGACUUGGUUCGCGAGGUCUAUGGUGUGGCUAUCGAAACGUUAGGGGAGGACUUCAUGGACGAGAAGCUCUUCUCCGCAUAUGCCAAAUUCGAGGCUAAAUUAAAGGAGUAUGAGCGCGCACGAGCGAUUUACAAGUAUGCCCUAGACCGACUUCCACGGUCCAAGGCUAUGGCCCUUCACAAGGCCUACACGACCUUCGAAAAGCAAUUCGGUGAUCGUGAAGGUGUAGAAGAUGUGAUUCUGUCCAAGCGCAGAGUGCAGUAUGAAGAGCAGCUCAAGGAGAACCCUCGCAACUAUGACAUCUGGUUCGACUUUGCACGAUUGGAGGAAACUUCGGGCGACCCAGAGCGGGUGCGGGACAUCUACGAACGGGCCAUUGCACAAAUUCCCCCAUCACAAGAGAAAAGGCACUGGCGGCGUUAUGUCUAUCUCUGGAUAUUUUACGCUGUGUGGGAAGAAAUGGAAGCGAAGGAGAUGGAACGCGCAGAACAAAUCUAUCAGGAAUGCCUGAAGAUCAUCCCGCACAAGAAGUUCACAUUUGCCAAAGUCUGGCUCAUGAAGGCACAGUUUGAGAUUCGCCAAAUGCAGCUACAGGCAGCACGGAAGACCUUGGGUCAGGCGAUUGGAAUGUGCCCGAAAGACAAACUUUUCCGUGGCUAUAUCGACAUUGAGUACCGGUUGUUCGAGUUCUCGCGGUGCCGUACUUUGUUCCAAAAGCAAAUCGAAUGGAACCCCUCCAACAGCCACUCGUGGUUGAAAUUUGCGGAGCUGGAACGUAAUCUGGACGACCCAGAACGGACAAGGGCUAUUUACGAGCUUGGCAUCGAGCAACCGACACUUGACAUGCCCGAGCUUGUGUGGAAGGCCUACAUUGACUUUGAGGAAGAGGAGGGCGAGUAUGAACGAGUUCGACAAUUAUACGAACGUCUCCUCCAGAAGACCGACCACGUCAAGGUAUGGUCCAACUACGCCCGCUUCGAGGCCUCUGUGCCGGGCGAGGACGAGGAGGAGGAAGAAGAAGAAGAAGAAGAGAAGCCGAUCAGCGAAGACGCAAUAAUCCGCGCCCGUUCAGUCUUUUCUCGGGCACACAAGGUGUUCAAAGACAAGGAUCUCAAGGAAGAGCGCGUGGAAAUUCUCCAAACCUGGCGAACAUUCGAACACUCGAGUGGAUCGCCCGAAGAUAUCGAGAAGGUCGAAAAACAGAUGCCCCGACUUGUCAAGAAGCGCCGCAAGUUGGAGGACGACAAGUACGAGGAGUACACGGACUAUGUGUUCCCUGCGGACGACCAAUCUGCUGCCAACCUUUCUCGUCUGCUCCAAAAGGCACACCAAUGGAAGCAGAGCCAGUCCUAG